GAGCACAUUCUCGUUCUCCACAUUGUGUUGAGCUUCACACAGCUGUCUCAGCCUCCAGCCCACUUUGGUGAAGGAGAUCCCAGACUUUCUAGACAACAUGGACUUCAACGGAACAUGGCAGGUUUACUCUCAGGAGAACUAUGAGGAGUUCCUCAGGGUCAUGGAACUCCCAGAAGAUGUCAUCAAGAUGGCCAAGGACAUCAAGCCAAUUACUGAGAUCAAGCAGAAUGGCAAUGACUUUGUUGUCACCUCCAAAACCCCUGGAAAGACUGUGACCAACUCCUUUACAGUUGGCAAGGAGGCUGAUAUCACCACCAUGGACGGCAAGAAGCUCAAGUGCGUUGUCAAUCUGGAGGGUGGCAAACUGGUCUGCAAAACCGGCAAGUUCUGCCAUAUCCAAGAACUCAAGGGAGGAGAGAUGGUUGAGACAUUGACCAUGGGCUCAACAACUCUUGUGAGGAAGAGCAAAAAGAUGUAAACUUGGCAGUGAAGAAACCAAUGUCUAUUUAAAUAAAAGUGUCGCUUAAUAGGA